AUGCAAUCACCACUUCGUUUUCUUGCGUUUGGUGAUUCUUCGACAGCUGGUUUUUGUAAUUACGGUUUAUCUAAUCAUCCUUAUGCAAUAAAUUUAUUUUCAUCUGUAAAUAUUCCAAUUAUUAUUGAUCAAAAAGGAAUACCUGGUGAAUGUGUUGUUCCAUCAAUGGUUAAACGACUUGAAACUCUUCUUUUUGAUGAAUAUUCUCCUCAUUAUGAUUGGAUUAUUAUUUUAGAUGGAACAAAUGAUUUAGGUUAUCGAAAAUCAGCUGAAAAAAUAUUUAAUGAAGGUUUAAAAUUAAUGUAUGAUAUGAUUCUUGAAAGAAAAAAUCAAAAUACAAAAUUAUCCGUUAUGACAGUUAUUGAAAAUGGUUAUUACACACCUGAACAUAUUCAUGAUAAACAAAGACAAAUUUUAAAUGAAAUGAUUAGAAAUUAUGUUAAAAAUUAUCAAGAUCAAAAUAGAAUAUGUCUUAUUGAUCUUGAUAAAUAUAUAAGUUAUCAUAGUAUGAAAGAUAUUAAUCAACGAAAAGCUAUUUGGGAUGAUCUAAUUCAUUUAACAGCAGCUGGAUAUGAUCUUAUGACAAAUAUUAUUUUUCAAGAUAUUUAUAAUAAAAUAAAUCAACAAUCAUGA